UGUUUUUAAUGUAAUUGUUUCAAGCAAUUUGUACUGAAUACUUCUACUUGGAAACAAUUACAUUCUGCUGUGUUAGAAAUAUUCAAAGUGUCCACUUGUGAAUACGUAACCCGACAACCGAUCUUUCUUGUGUCCCAAACCCAACUCUCUCGCUCACUCAGGCCACACACAAACACUUCUCUCUCUAAUGGGUUCGCCGGGAAACGAAACCGACGAGCCUCUAACGCCGGCAGGCAGGCUCUUCGUCCGACCCGAAAUGAACCAAGUAAUACACUGCGCCAUGGGGUUGAAGCACCCAAUCGACGUGGAGUCCGUGAAGUCCCAGGUGCGCAGCUCGGUCAUGCUGUCUCACCCCAGGUUCUGCAGCCUCAUGGUCCGCGACACCAGCGGCCGAGAGCGCUGGCGCCGGACCCACAUCGAUCUGGACAGCCAUUUCAUCGUCCUGGACCGUCCCGUGUCCACCCUGAACGACGAGGAGUUGGUGGUGAACCAGUACUUGGCCGACAUGUCGACCAGCCCGGGGCUCAGCUACGACAAGCCUUUGUGGGAGAUCCACCUCUUGCUGGCCCACAAGUGCUUGAUCUUCCGAGUUCACCACGCGUUGGGAGAUGGGGUCUCGCUGAUGUCGAUGCUCUUGGCGUGCUGCAGGAGGGAGGACGAUGUGGACGCGCUGCCCAGGAUAGGGUCUGUUGGGAGCCAGAGGAACAGCGAGGGAGGGAACAGGAGGGGUUGGUGGCAGUGGGUGAAGCUUUUGCGGGGGUUUCUGAUGAUGGGUUGGUUCACUUUGGUGUUUGUGGUCGAGUUUGUGUUGAGGGCUUUGUGGGUUCGGGACAAGGAAACGGCGAUAAGCGGUGGGGCGGAGGUGGAGCUCUGGCCGAGGAUGCUGGCCACGGCCAGCUUUUGGCUCGAGGACAUGAAGGUGGUCAAGAAGGCUGUUCCUGGUGCGACCAUUAAUGACGUUCUCUUUGGGGUGAUAUCAUCAGGAUUAUCAAGAUAUCUUGCUCACCGAAGCCCAAAUGCUCUGCAAGAAGGGCUUCAAUUGACAGGGGUGGCCAUGGUUAAUUUAAGAGCGCAAUCUGGAUUGCAGGAUCUAUCAGAUUUGAUGAAAGACAAUUCAGGAUCACGGUGGGGUAACAAAUUUGGCAUGAUGCUCCUACCUGUUUAUUACCAUAAAAGUGGUUCUGAUCCUCUACAGUAUCUGAAGAGAGCUAAGGUGAUGAUUGAUCAGAAGAAACAUUCUUUAGAGGCUCAUUUCUCUUACGAAAUUGGGCAUUUUGUAAUGACCUACUUGGGAUCAAAGGCUGCUGGAUUUCUUAACUACCAGAUUGUUUGUAAUACCAGCUUUACAAUCUCUAACGUAUUGGGUCCACAAGAGAAACUCGUAGUUGGAGUCAACCCGAUAACUUACUUGAGGGUGAAUUCGUCGAGCCUGCCCCAUGCACUCACAAUGCACAUGGUGAGCUAUGCAGGAAGAGCUGACAUGCAAAUUUUGGUGGCCAAAAAUAUCAUUCCUGACCCAGAAUUUCUUGCUCAGUGCUUUGAAGAGGCCUUGCUUGAAAUGAAGGAAGCGGCUGUGGCCACAAACAAAAUCUAGGAGAAACCUGUUUGUUAUGGAUAGAGAUCUGUAGUAGUUUUGGUAUUCAAAUUGCUAGCAAUUCGGACAAUAAAUGUGAGAAAGCUAAUAUAGGGCUCACCUACUCAAGCAAGUUUUGGAUUGUCCACCCACUUGCUUAGGCAGGUUAGCCCUAUAAAAACUCUAUUACAUUUGUUGCCCGGAUUGUUAAGGAAUCCGAAUCCAUUUGUUAUAUGGUAAUAAAUUUACAAGGACCGAAUACACAAGAAAUUUUUUGUCAAAUUUCCAAACAGAAAUUAUUAUAGGAACAAAAGAUGGCUGAUUUGAUUGUAGAACCAAUUACUUUAGGAGUUGAACUAUAAACUUCCAUGUAUAGAUUUCUUGAUGCUUUUGGGAAAUUGUAAAUGUUCUUUGUAAGAAACCUCCAGUAAAUUUGUAGUUAUCUAGGCAGGCAACCCAAUCCUCCUCAAAGUAGGCUUGAAGGGUUUCGUGA